AUGUCUUUGCAGGCAACUCCCGGCGGCACCGUCGUCACCCCAAUUAUCAACACGCCUGGAGGCUCGAAUGGCUCUCCCAGCGGCCAAGUGGGCUUGUUCGGGUCGAGUGCGCCCACUGGAGCGCUCGGCGUCGCAAAGGCCAUGUCACCAUUCACCUCACCCAUGCAGCCCAGUCCAGGUUCGCCCAGGCAUCACCCGUCUGGCAGCAUGGAUGUCGAAUCUCUGAUUCGUUCACAUGGUGGCGACGUGCGGCGGACACUAGACGCAAUCGUGAACGACCGCAACAGCCUACAAGCACAGAACACGCAACUGUGGAAGUUGAUUGAGAAACAACGUGCACAGUGUGCGCAUCUCGCAGCUGACAACGACCGGCUGCGCGCCGACCGCGAGCGCGCAAAUGGCCGGCUAGUGUCGGCAGGGCUGGAACCAGUCACCGCACCCAAUCGACGGGUACCCCAUAGUGCCAGUGCUAUGGCUCUGGGCUCGGGGUCACACGAGUCUGGGCGCCGACUGAACGUCGACGGCGAUGACAAGGCGUCGACCGGGUCCGCAGCUGCCGCCAUCCCGAAUCGUUCGGCGUCAGAAACGUCGACUCCAGGCGAGCCUAUCUCCAGCAACCCACCUUCAGGAAUGCCGCCAUCCAGCGCCAGUGAGAACAGUGGUCUUGUUGCGCAUGCGCAGACAACACUGCUGCCGUCACUGAUGCCCGAGAAGAGGUUACGUCACGAGAGUCGAAUGACGUUUCCCCCCGAGGUCGCGUCCUUUAUGGCAUUGGCCGACCAGAAGGACCAGCAGCUCAGCAACUCCUUCAUUCCAGAGAACGCGGUUGUGGGCUCAGACGUCCCAACUGGUUACACAACUUCUCCAGGCGAGAGCGCGCGCGCAUCGCCAAUCGCUGAGCUGUCCGAGGAGCUCACGAGCACCUCGCCACGACCAUCUCAAGAUACUGUUACGUCCCGUCCACCCAUGUCGCCCGCCACCGACGCACGACCAUCGAUUGAAUCCACGACCCUCAUCACUCCUCCCGCAGCCCAGCAGAUUCCCGACCACAUGGUCCUCACCCCAGCGCUCCUUCCGCAUGCCCGGCUCUCCAUCCCCCACUCGUCCGUUUACCCCAACCAAAGCGGGCGCGACGUGCUCUGCUUUAUCGUCCAAGUGCAGGUCCGUCCACCGAACUCGACCCAACCACUACAGUGGACCGUCGGCAAGACCUUUUCAGCCUUUAUGGAACUCGACCAGCGCACACAGGAACGGUCUGGCAAGAACCGAAAAGACUGGAAACGUAUGGUCGCGCCAUUGCCGGAGGGCAAGGCUUGGAAGGACUUUGCGCCCAGCAAGAUUGAUCAGCGCAAGGUCGCAUUGGAGCACUACCUGGAGUCGCUCCUCGUCGCGCCCGUGAGCGACAAGUCGGAUCUCUGCAACUUCUUGUCCACCGACGUGGUGCAGACCAAGUUGAACCAGCAACGCAAGGAAGGUUACCUUACCAAGAAGGGCAAAAACUUUGGCGGUUGGAAAACGCGCUACUUCAUCCUGGACGGCCCUGUCAUGAAGUAUUACGAGUCUCGUGGUGGCACUUAUUUGGGUACGAUUACCAUCACCGGCGCUCAAAUCGGGCGCCAGAACCGCGCUCCCGACUCGAGUGACGAGCGCAACUUCCGCCAUGCUUUCCUUAUCAUCGAGGCAUCGUCCAGAAGGGACCAGAACCGUCACGUCCUGUGCGCCGGCAGCGACAUGGAGCGCGACAGCUGGAUCGAGAUGCUCGUUCGUCAGGUCGAGCCUGAGCCCCCGGCACCCGCACCCGUACCCGCACCCGCACCUGCACCCGCACCGGUUGUGCAAUCCCCGCCGCCUCAAAACGCUAGCGGCCCACCUAACGCCAUGUCCGCUCAACUAGGCCACCAACGCCGACGGAGUGCGAUCCGCAAGUCGAGCAAGGACGUCGUCGUCACUUCGGCUAAGCCCAUGUCUCAGAUGCCAGACGCCAACGCAAAGUUCAUCUCGGGCGCACCGCUGCCGAGCGUCAUCAACCUCAUGGAGUCGCAGCGCAGCCUCCACACAACUGCUGGCCAGACGCCCAGCCGAGAGCCCUCUUCCAGUAGCGCUGGAGGUCCAGGCCAUCCCCUGACUACUGUUACGAGUGGUUCGGGCAUGAACAGUGCCGACAUUAAAAGCCAAUUGUCCAGCCCCAUCGACGGACCGACCCCUAAACCUACCAAACGCCAGAGUGCCAUGCCCGUUCGACAGUCGUUCUCCCCAGCCUACCUCUCCAAGCUAUCCAACGACGGCAUCAGCUCAGUGCCAGGAUACCCUGUGGACCGUGACCGCGACCGCAAGGCCAAGUCGGGUCGCUUCUGGGGCUUCGGCAAGGCGCCACCCGAGAAGGGCGCAGCCACUCGACCCGUCUUUGGGAUCCCGCUUCCAGACUCGCUUGCCAUUGCCUCUGUCGCUGGCCUCCCAGCCAUUGUCUUCCGGUGUAUCGAAUACCUCGAAUCCAAGCAGGCCGACCAAGAAGAGGGUAUCUACCGCCUCAGUGGCAGUAGUGCAGUCAUCAAGGGCCUCAAGGAAAGGUUCAACCACGAGGGCGAUGUCAACCUUCUCCAGAUGGACGAACGCUGGGACCCACAUGCCAUCGCCGGUCUCCUCAAGACGUACCUGCGCGAACUUCCUACUAGUCUCCUUACUAGGGAGCUGCACAUCCGAUUCCUUGCUGUCAUUGACCUUGUCGAUUCGUCGGCCCGCGUUGCCGAGCUGUCGCGCCUUGUCGCAGAGCUCCCGCCAGCCAAUUACACCCUCUUACGCGCGUUCACCGCACACCUAAUCCUGAUUGUGCGCAACUCGUCCGUUAACAAGAUGACGCUGCGAAACAUUGGUAUCGUCUUCUCGCCCACUCUUGGUAUUCCCGCCGGGAUCUUUUACGAGCUCGUCAGCCGCUUCGGCGCCAUCUUCGACGACGAAGGUGUCGACGAGCUCCCGCUUGAUGAGAUUACGGCUACGCCCGCGGCUGGUCUCCAGGUGCCAGGCGAGGUUGCCUCACCAGGCGGCGCUGGAAGCCCGGACGACGCGACCUCGGCAGCACGGAACAAGCGCAACUCGAUGCUUUACCAUGCCGGCGGUGCCGACACCAUGUUAGGUCUCGCUGGACGAGCGCUUGAGCCCUCCAACGAAGACUCGACCUCGGAGCUGAGCUUGGACGACAUUGAGAGCGAGCACAUGAGCCAGAGCGCCCAGUCGAGCGAUAACCUGUCCCUCGCCCCUUCGGCUACAGCGUCAACCUCGGCGGCGAGCGGUCAGCAGCAGCGAUAUGGCUCCGCAGGACACCAUGACGAUGUCGAGGCACUCAUGAGCAAUAACGGCAACCACGCGGGCGAACGAUCAUGA